AUGCCGUUCCCGGGCGGGCUGUGGUGGCUGCUGUGCUGCCGGCAGGGCUUCACGCUGCUCCGGCGGGAUUACGGCGAUGCGGACCGGGAGGCGGACGGCGAGGCCGAGGAGGAGGAGGCGUCCUUCGAGCUCCGCGCCCAGGGAGACCAGGGGUCCCUGGAGGUGAGCCUGAGCCAGCCCACUCGCAACAGCAGCGGCUCGGAGCGGUCCCUGCUUGUUGCGGAGGAGAUGCGCAGCCUCAUCGUGGAGAAGGGCCCGGGGCCAGUGGAGGAUGACCCCGACGCUCUCGUGAAAGGCUGGCUGCAGCGGGAGGUGCGGGGCGGCGUGAAGACCCCCUGGAUCCGGCCUCGGAAAUACUGGUUCGUGCUGACGCCCGACUCCCUGGACUACUACAGCAGCAACGAGAAGGGGGCCCGGCGGCUGGGCUCCCUCGUGCUCACCAGCCUCUGCUCUGUGCUCUGGCCGGACAAGCAGACCUACAAGGAAACGGGCUACUGGAGUGUGACGGUGUUUGGCAGGAAGCAUUGCUACCGCCUGUACACGGAGCACCUGAAUGAGGCCGUGCACUGGGUAUGCGCGGUGCAGAAGGUCAUCGACAGCAAAGCGCCUGUACAGACGCCCACCCAGCUGCUCAUGCGUGAUGUCGAGGAGCACUGCGGCAGCCCCGAGGUCCUGGAGCAGAUCUACCGCUGCAACCCCAUCCUGCGCUACACCAGCAGCCCCCUCUACGCUCCCUUGCUGCCCUUCCCUUACGGCAGCCUGGACCAAAGCGCCCCCAGCCCCCACAGCUACACCACGCUGCGUGACGAAGCCGUGAAGCUCUUCAACUCAUUGCAGCAGCUGGAGUUGGAGCGGGAUCCAGUGCCGCUGAUGCAGGGCGUCCUGCAGACCUGCCUGGACCUGCCGCCGCUGGUGGACGAGAUCUACUGCCAGCUGGUGAAGCAGACCACAGAGCCGCCGGCACCGGGCGGGCAGGGCGACUUGCACUACUGGCAGCUGCUCACCUGCAUGAGCUGCACCUUCCUGCCCUCCCCGCCCGUCCUGCGCUUCCUGCACUUCCACCUGGACAGGACAGAGAGCCGGUUCCCCACCUCGGAGAUGGCCAAGUAUGCCUGCUUCAUCCGGGAGGCGCUGGGGAAGACGAAGGGGCGGGAGUGCGUGCCCUCACUGGAGGAGAUCUUGAUGCUGAUGCGGCGGCAGGAGAUGAUCUGCACAGUGCACUGCCCAGGGGCGCCUGCCUGCAGCGUGGCCAUCAGCUCCCACACCACGGCCGAGGAGGUGGCCCGGGAGCUGGUGUCGCGCCUGGGGCUGUCCCAGAGCCCCAACCUCUUUGCGCUCUAUGAGCAGUCACGGCGGCGGGAACAGCCAGUGGGCAGCACCACGCUGCUGGCUGACGUCCUCACCAGGUUUGAAAACCUGGCCGGGGAGGAGCAGGAGCAGGACCCACCAUGCCGGCUCUGCUUCAAGCACUACGGCUUCCUGGAUACGGACAAUGUCCCACGCGACAGCCUGGAGUUUGCCCUCCUCUUCGAGCAGGCACACGAGAUGGUGCUGCGGGGCUACGUGCCCACGUCGGAGGAGACGCUGCAAACGCUGGCAGCACUGCGCCUGCAGAGCCUCAACAGCGACUUCUCCACGCACGCCCCCUUCCCACGCCUGGAGGAGCUCUUCCCGCCCCAUGUGCUGCACGCCCGUCUGCCGCCCCCCCGCCGCCGGCCCCCCACCAAGUGCCGGGGGGCCCGGCUGCGCGCAGGGCUGCUGGCCGGCGGGCUCUGGGGGCAAGCGCUGGCCAAGCAGCGGGCCGAGCGGGACCAGCGCCUGCGGGGCCGCCUGCGGGAGGAGGGGGCCAGCACCAUGGCUGCCAUCGUGGAGAAGUGGAAGCUGCUGCAGGGCAUGGGCCGGCCCGAGGCCAUGGCUGCCUACGUGGCGCUGGUGCGGGAGUGGCCUGGCUUCGGCUCCACGCUCUUCGACGUCGACCUGCACAUGAGCCCAGUGGGGGCCGGACCCCAGCGGCUGUGGCUGGGCAUCGGCGCCAAGGCCGUCUCACUCUACAAGCCAGGGGAGCCUGAGCCCUUGGACAGCUUCUGCUAUGGCCGCAUCUCCUCCUUCGGCGCCUCUGACAGCAGCACGUUCCGCCUCUCUGUGGAGGACCGAGACCUGCUCUUCGAGACCUCCCAGGUGGAUGAGAUCGCCCAGCUCCUCAACACGUACCUCGCCUCCACAGGCACCUGGCUGCCGCCCCGGCCCCAGGAGCCGGCCACCAGCCCCCCCACCUCGGACCCCACCGCGCCACCCCAGGGGCUCUGCCCUGCAGCUGGGCCCUGGCAGCACCGGCCGCCUGUGGGCUCCUUCCGCAGUUAG